AUGCAGCCGCGGGGAGACAAACUGGACCCAAGCGAUGCCAGCGAACCACCGCCAGAGAUGCUGCCGCUGCCCCUGAGAGGAAUCAUAGAAUGGUUCGGAAAUGCAAACCGGUACCCGCGCCGGCGGCGCGGCGUGGCAAACCGGGCGGCGUGUGCGGCCAGCGGAGCGGAGGAGAGCGAGCGGCGAUGCUGCGGGAUUGCUAGGCAACCCCGCGCUGCCCGGCAUGCCAUCGGCACCGGGAACGCCGGGACGGGAACCCAGCGGGGGAACCUGCGUGGGGGUCUCCAGGACGGCGAGAGUCUGAACUUGACCCUGGGAGAGGAGGAGGAGGAGGAGGAGAGGGAUAACGGCAGGGAACAUCUCAGGAGCGUGAAGAUGUUCGCUUCACUGGCGUUCGCAUUUGCUGCCCUCUCUUUAGCGAGCUGUAUCCCCGUGCAGCAGGUAUCCGAAGGCAGCAAAGUCCUCCUGGUGUCCUUCGAUGGCUUUCGGUGGAACUAUGACCAGGACGUGGACACCCCCAACCUCGACGCCAUGGCUGCCGAGGGGGUGAAGGCGCAGUACAUGACUCCUGCCUUUAUCACCAUCACCAGCCCCUGCCACUUCACGCUGCUGACGGGGAGAUACCUGGAGAACCACGGGGUGAUUCACAACAUGUGGUUCAACACCAGCACGAAGGAGAAGCUGCCCUACUACCUCACGCAAGGCGUGGACAGCUGGUGGGACAAUGGCAGCCUGCCCAUCUGGAUCACCGCCCAGAGACAGGGUUUAAAGACAGGCUCUAUCCACUUCCCCGGCGGAAAAGCAAAGUAUCAAGGGGAAGAAGUGAAUAUGAAGUUGGUGGAGCCCCCCCUGUUCAACUACAGCAACGAAACCAUCUGGAGAAAGAACAUUGACACCGCCAUGGAAUGGUUCACGCAGAACAACCUCGACUUCAUCGCCCUCUACUUCGGUGAGCCCGACUCGGCCGGACACAAGUACGGCCCCGAAUCCACGCAGAGGAAAAACAUGAUCAAGCAGGUGGACAGAACGGUCGGUUACUUGAGGCAGCGCAUCCAGGAAAGUGGCCUGGAAUCCAAGCUCAACCUCAUCAUCACGUCUGACCACGGCAUGGAGACUGUCAUAAAGACCGAUGAGAUUCACAUCGGGGCAAUAAAAAACUUCACGUUCAAAGACAUCCAGUUCGAACUCCUGGAUUACGGACCAAAUGGACUACUGCUGCCAAAAGAAGGAAAAUUAGAGCAUGUGUAUUCAGUCCUGAAAAAUGCCCACCCAAAAUUACACGUGUACAAGAAAGAGGACUUUCCGAGGAGAUUCCACUACGCCAACCAUCCCCGGAUCACCCCGCUCCUGCUGUACGGUGACCCAGGAUAUGUGAUCCAUGGGAGAUACAAGGUCCAGUUCAAUAAAGGGGAACACGGUUUCGACAACGAGGCCAUGAACAUGAAAACCAUCUUCCGCGCCGUGGGACCGGCCUUCAAGCAGGGGCUGGUGGUCGAGCCCUUCGAAAGCGUCAAUGUCUACGCUCUCCUCUGCGAGCUGCUGGGCAUCGUCCCCGAGCCCCACGACGGCUCCCUGGAGAUCAUGAAGCCCAUGCUGCGCUCCAGCGCUCCUCGGCCUCCUGCCAAGAAGCUGCCGGCGAUGCUGGGAAUCGCUCUCGUUCUGGGGUUCUGGGGAGGAAUACUCUAAACCCCCCCCCACCAGAGCCUCCGAGUUCCAGGCAGCUCUACCAGAAAUGUGCGGAGAGAUGAGGAAGGACAUGUCUCAUGAAG